AUGAAGCUUAGCCUCAAGGGCAUGUCUAUCAUUGUUUCUUCCGGUGACGCUGGCACCGCUAGCUCUGAGCAAGACUGUCUGGGUUCCAGCAAGAAUGUCUUUGUGCCCGGUGCUUUGACCGGAUGCCCCUACAUUACUAUUGUCGGGGCUACCCAGCUUCCUGAUGGUGUCGAGCCUGGUGGCGCUGAAACAGCUACUAUGCAACCCUUCUCCCCUGGCGGUGGCUUCAGCAAUAUCAACGCCGCUCCUGAUUAUCAGGCAAACGCCCUUGCUACAUACUUCUCUCAGUAUGACCCUGGAUACAAGUUCUACAACACAACCAACGGCACUAUUCCAAACAAUGGCGGCAUCUACAACCGCUCUGGUCGCGGAUACCCCGACGUCUCUGCCGUCGGACUGCACGGUGUUGUUAUUGUUAAAGGAAACGGGACUACCUUGGGCGGUGGUACCUCCAUGUCCGCUCCCAUCUUUGCAGGCCUCAUUAACCGCAUCAUCAAUGAGCGCAUCACAGCGGGCAAGAUGGGCCCUCUAGGUUUCCUCAACCCUACCCUCUACCAAAACCCGGACAUGUUCAACGACAUUAUCUCUGGUGACGAGCACUUGGGUACGCGGUAA